AGAUGUGUAAUGGCCGUAUUCUGUACAUAGCGGCUGUAACCUUCCUCCGACACACGUUCUACCACCCGCCACGUGUCCAGCGCAGUGCAUGUAAAGACUGCACGGCGCCCCAGGAAUGCAGGCGGUCAAUAAGUGCGGCGCCUCUGCGGUGGUCUCUCCGGAUCUCAUGGCCCGCAACUUGUCUGCAGCUUCCUCGUUCCCUGACGCCUGCUCCCGCCCGGAUCACCUUGCUGGGAGCCCCACCCACUUCCCACUCUCCUCCAAUUACGUGCUCGGGACGGUCGGAGGGGGGCUGGCCCUAGUGUCCCGUCUACACGAAGCAUUACGGUAGUGGUCCAGGGACUCCGCAGGAUGGAUGGGAUGCAGAGGAGUCGGAGAGUGAUGGAGGAGCACCGCACAGCGGGGGGAAGAUGAGGGCAUGGCGGUGAAAGCGGACAUGGAAUGACACUGGGGGCAGUUUAUCAUUUAUUAUCCAGCCACACACAACACCUAUUUCCCUUUACCUUCCCCUAGUUAGUGUUAAUGCCUCCAUUGUAAUAUUAGGUGGAGGAAUGUCCUGCCGCUCUCGGCCUCCCACGGGGGACAUCCCCAGAAACCUCAGUUACAUUGCUGGACUUUAUGAACGAGCCUACUACCGCACUUCCAGGCCCAGCCUCGAGGAGCGCGACGAAGAGGAGGAAGAAGAAGCCGCGUCCUCUCCGGGUCGCUCCACCGCCGUAAAAUCGGCAAGCGCUCCUCGAAGGCGUUCGCGUUCCGCCCCGGCGUUGCGCGUACCGCGGACUGAGCGCCACCGUAGCCCAGAAACCAGGAAGAGGGUCCGCUUUGCCGAUGCUUUAGGGCUGGAGCUGGAGUCCGUACGCCAUUUCAGACGUGAGGAUAUGCCCCAAAUCCCGCAACACGUCACCCACCGACUUCAGAGAGAAUUGCUGGAACAAAUUGGAGGAUCCUGCAGCUCCAAAGAGGACGUGAGCUGGUGUGAGGCUCGCCAUGUCCUAUCCCCUUCAUGGGUAGUAGAGCCAGAAACACUGGAAAAACAAACAUGGGAGCGAAGUGCCUGGGAUCAGCAAACAUGGGAUCAGCGUGUGUGCCUACAGAAUAUGCGCUGUGAAAGCUGCUUCCUGUGGGGGUCCGUAAGGGUCCUGGAUCUGGCUUAUGAAAAGAGAGUUACAGUGCGCUACACUCUGGAUGGAUGGCUUUCUUAUGAGGAAACCCAUGCUCUGUAUGCUGCUCGUCUGUGCCAUGGUGGAGCCGGCCACCCCAGCACCGAUCUCUUCACUUUCCGUCUACCUCUACCAACUCGAGACCAACCCCACCAUUCUUCACUACAGUUUGCUAUUUGUUAUCAAGUUGGAGAUGAGGAGUUCUGGGACAACAACAAGGGCAAGAAUUACAGCCUAAAUCUGUCUAAUGCUCGAGCUUCCCGGACUCAGGAUUCUGAAGAUGGAUGGAUACAUUUCAUAUAAUACGAGAGAGAGAGAAAAAAAGCCAAGUGUCUGAUAAUUGUUCUGCAUGUCAAAGAUAGACCAAAGACUUCGGACCAAAUAACUAUUGUCAGAAUAAAAUAAAAGUGCUCAAAAUGUAGGGUAUAAUGGAAUGGAAUUAUUGGUAUCAAAAAUGGACUACAUUUUUAAAGAAAACAGUAAUGCAUUAUUUUAUAACAAUAGGUAGACAUGUGCUUUCUCUAGCUUAAAGGGUUGUCCUCUUGUAGGAGAAUGUGUAAGCCCUCCCACCCCUUGACAGUGGUCAUUGAUAGAGGGUCCUUAGUCUGAGAUUACAAUUGGUGUGGACAUUUAAUAGGGGGACAUGGAGUCCACGUUUGUUGUCCUUCAUAUAAUAGAAAAGUUUAACUGCUACCAGUAGAAAGGCAUUGAAAAAUCAAUGUUAUCUGAUUAGAGAUUAAAUACAAGUGUGACCUAUUUGUAAUUUUAGUCAACUCCAUUCAUGCUUCAAGGUUAUUCUGGGUAUCUAAUUCAGGGAUCAUAGCUGGGGAGCACAUUAGCCAUUGUUAAAUGUUAAACACUAUUUCACGUUGCAGUAUCAAUUUAUGCUAGUUUAAUUAAUGGAAAGGAUUGUAAACUUUCAGAUGUAAAUAGAUCAUAUUAUUUGGU